AUGUCCGUUACUUUUUCUGAACUUGCUACCGACUUUAUAAGUCAUAUUGAUUUCUCCAAGUUAUCUUUGGCAAUCUCCCUUGGGUCAAUUGCAUUCAAUCCUAUUUUUUGGAACAUUGUUGCACGACAAGAAUAUAAAAAUAAAAUUCUCACAAAGCUUGCUGGUGGCAAUAGACUGUAUGGCUGUUAUGGUCUGGCUGUUACCAUUUUCUCGUUAGGUAUCAUCCGUGAUCUUCUUUACGAACGGGCUCUUCGUGAUCAACCUUCAUGGCCACUUUUUGCUAAAUAUGAUUUGAUUGUGAAAGCGCUUGCUGUCAUUUCGUUUGCUAUAGGAAACGUGUUGGUCCUUUCUUCAAUGUGGGCCCUGGGCAUUACAGGUACCUAUCUCGGUGAUUACUUUGGAAUUCUAAUGGACAACAUUGUUACUGAUUUCCCCUUCAAUGUUUGCGCCAACCCCAUGUAUUAUGGAUCUACGCUAUCCUUCCUGGGAACCGCUUUGUGGUUCCAGAAACCUGCUGGAAUUUUUGUGACUGUUUUCGUUUUUGUCAUGUACAUUAUUGCUCUUGGCUUUGAAGAGCCUUUUACCGCACAAAUCUACGCUAAAAGAGAGGCCGAGAGAGCUGCCGAAUCUCAAAAGACAAAAUAA